AUGGAGGAGCCGACAGUUCUCACAGACGAGCAGAUAGAUGAACUACUAAGCCAGGCUGAGGCCCGGCUGCGGGAAAAAGCUGCCGGCGCCGACGAAGGCGAGAUUCUUCUGGUGGCGGACAAUACAGCCCCCAAAUCCAGGAAACCACUUCCGAAGUUGCGUCAUGGUCUUGCGCGAUCAACCUAUAUCAAAGAUAAUCACGGCGUCGCAGAGACUGACCCAAAGGCCACAAUCGUACAGCCGCAGGCCUCGCAGGCAGGAGGACUGAGACCCAUCGAAUUGCCUCAAAAAGCGAAGAAAGUUAACGACCAGACAUCUGCAGGACCGGAAUGGUUCGACAUGCCCAAAACCAACUUGACUCCUCAGCUCAAGCGUGACCUCCAGCUGAUCGAGAUGCGAUCCGUCCUCGACCCACACAGACACUACAAGAAGAACAACCGAAAGGGCAAAGUCCCGACGUUCUCGCAGACGGGGACAGUCGUCGAAGGUCCGACCGAGUUCUUCAGCGCAAGAAUCAACAAGAAGGAACGGGCAAAGAAUUUUGUGGAGGAGGCAAUAGUCACCGAGAAUCAGACCGGUCGGUUCAAGCGGAAGUACGGCGAGAUACAGGAGUCGAAGAUGAGUGGCAAGAAGGCGCACUACAAAAAGCUCAUGGCGAAGAGGAAGAAGCGACCUUGA